AGAGAGAGAGUGUGUUGUUUGUAUCAAUAAUCAGAAAAUAUGGUUUUGCUAGAAAACUUCUGGGACGAGGUAGUGGCUGGGCCUCAUCCCUAUCAGGGCAUGAGGAAGAUCACCACCAAGCCUUUGAACCUUGAAAGAUAUGAGGGAGGAGAGGGAAGCAAAUCGUUGUUGAUGCCAGGGAGCCCAACGACUCCGGCAACGCCGGCGACUCCGUCGUCAGCUAGAAAAGAGAACGUGUGGAGGAGUGUGUUCAACCCAGGGAGCAACCUUGCCACCAAAGGCAUCGGUGCUGCUCUCUUCGACAAGCCCGAACCCAAUACCCCUACUGUUUACGAUUGGCUUUACAGUGAUGACACCAGGAGCAAGCACCGUUGAGAAGACUGAAUGAAACUGUGAAGUGAUUUCUACCCAAAAAAAAAAUGUGUGAAAGUGACAGUGAGAGGACAUUCAGGGUGUGGAGUAUUGAAUAAUCGCACACAUAUAAGUAGUCAUGUAGUGCUGUGGUAUAUAACUAUGUAUACCCUCUCCUUGUACAUAAACUUUCUCGUUUUAUGUGUGUGUGUAUGUAAGAUAUCAGAGGGUAACAAUUGAAGAGUGAGUUACUCUAUUAAAUCUUGUUGGUAGUAGAGAUGAUGGGUUACUGAUCCAUCUACUACUUUGUUCAUUGUAAUGUUGACAAUCAUGACCAUUAA